AUGUUCAGAAACAUUCAAACUAUUGGUAUUCAAAAUCUUAAAAGAUUUAACUAUAGAACCCUGUUCAAUCAAGGAUCAUUCAGAUUUCAAAGUAGUACUUCUUCACAAUUCAGUUGGGUAGAAUAUUUCAAAUUGAAAAAACAACAAAAUAUCGUUAAUAUUGUUGCUUCCACAUUUACUAGUGUUGGUGGAGGAUUAUUGACUUUAGCUUAUUUAGGUAAUGUUGAACUUGAUCCUGAACAACCUAUCAUGGGUUUUGAUCCUAUAAUGAUCAUGGGAGGUGUUGUUUUAUUAGGAGGAGGUGCUGGUUGGUUAGUUGGUCCAUUUUUAGGUACUAGUGUAUUCAACUUAUUCAAUAGAUCAAUCACUGCACAAUUUAGAACCAAACAUGAAAUCUUCUUAAACAAAAUCAAAACCAACAGAGUUGAUCCAUCAUCACAAUCAUUUUCUAACCCGGUUCCUGAUUAUUAUGGUGAAAGAAUUUAUUCUUUAAAUGGUUAUAAGCAAUGGUUAAGAGAUUGUAAUACAUUUAGAAGAAAAUCUAAAGAAUUUAUUUAA